CCCCCCCCACAAAACCCACUUUUUAUUGAAGGCCUUCCCCCUCUGUAUCCUCGUCCCAUUCUUCAUCAGCAAAAACCUAUAUAUUGCUUAUUGGGUUUCCUCCUAAUUUAGUAAAUUUUCGUUUGAUCCCACUCCCAAGAAAACCCACCUUUUGUUUAUGGUAUUUGGGAUUCUAUUUUGAUCCCACCUCAAAGAAACCCAUCAUUUUUUUUAUGGUUUCCCUGCAAAUUUAGCAGGGAAUUGGCAGCACCAUGGGAGCUUGUCUUUGUUCCAGUAAGGUGAGUGGCGCUUCAAGCAACAACAACAACAGAGAAAGCAAGCAUAAUAAUCAAAAUCAACAAACCCGACAUCAAAAUCAAAAUCAAAGUCAUCAACAACUGCCACAACCAAAGGACAAAGGUCCUUCCAAGAGGCCAUCAUGCUUGAUACCUUGUGGGAAAAGAACCAAUUUUGGCUAUGAGAGAGAUUUUGAUAAGAAGUAUACAAUUGGCAAACUGUUGGGUCAUGGGCAAUUUGGGUACACAUUUGUUGCUACUAAUAAGGCAAAUGGUGAUCGGGUCGCUGUUAAGAGGAUCGAGAAGAACAAGAUGAUCCUUCCUAUUGCAGUUGAAGAUGUCAAGCGGGAGGUCAAGAUACUACAAGCUUUAACUGGCCAUGAAAAUGUUGUUCAAUUCUACAAUGCGUUUGAGGAUGACUCUUAUGUUUAUAUAGUAAUGGAGUUAUGUGAGGGUGGUGAACUACUUGAUCGGAUAUUGUCCAAGAAGGAUAGCCGUUACACUGAAAAAGAUGCGGCAAUUGUUGUGCGACAAAUGCUGAAAGUUGCGGCAGAAUGCCAUUUACAUGGUUUGGUUCAUCGAGAUAUGAAACCAGAGAAUUUUUUGUUCAAAUCAACGAAAGAAGAUUCACCCCUGAAAGCAACAGAUUUUGGGUUAUCAGAUUUCAUUAAGCCAGGGAAGAGAUUCCAAGACAUUGUUGGAAGUGCCUAUUAUGUUGCACCAGAGGUCCUAAAACGCAAGUCUGGGCCUGAAUCCGAUGUUUGGAGUAUUGGAGUCAUUACAUACAUUUUGCUUUGUGGAAGACGCCCCUUCUGGGAUAAGACAGAGGAUGGAAUAUUCAAAGAGGUGUUACGAAACAAGCCUGACUUUCGCCGGAAGCCAUGGCCAAGCAUAAGUACCAGUGCUAAAGAUUUUGUUAAGAAGUUAUUAGUCAAAGAUCCUCGUGCAAGACUCACUGCUGCCCAAGCCCUCUCACAUCCAUGGGUUAGGGAAGGGGGAGAUGCAUCAGAAAUCCCUGUGGAUAUAUCAGUUCUUAACAAUAUGCGCCAGUUUGUGAGAUACAGCCGUUUAAAGCAGUUUGCCCUUAGGGCCUUGGCAAGUACGCUUAAUGAAAAUGAACUGGCUGAUAUUCGUGAUCAGUUUGACGCAAUUGACAUGGAUAGAAAUGGUUCUAUUAGCCUUGAGGAAAUGAGACAGGCCCUUGCUAAAGAUCUUCCUUUUAGAUCAAGAGAACCACGCGUCCUGGAUAUACUUCAAGCAAUAGACAGCAACACUGAUGGGCUUGUUGACUUCUCUGAAUUUGUGGCGGCCACAUUACAUGUGCGUCAAUUAGAGGAACACGACUCGGAGAAGUGGCAACAGCGAUCUCAAGCUGCUUUCGAGAAAUUUGAUGUGGAUAAAGAUGGAUAUAUCACACCUGAAGAACUACAAAUGCACUCUGGGUUGAGGGGCUCCAUCAACCCAUUCCUUGAAGAGGCAGACAUCGACAAGGAUGGGAAGAUAAGCUUAGCAGAGUUCCGCAGGCUGUUGAGAACAGCAAGCAUGAGUUCACGCAAUGUCCCAAGCCCUUCUGGUCAUAGAAACCCACGAAAGAUUUAGUUUCCUCAACAUGGGAAUGGAAAUGUGUUGCUCUUCUUAUUUGAAGAUCACACAAGUGCUUCAAGACGCAUUUGAACUCCAUUUACGAUUGGAACUUUGACAAGAUUUUCAAGUGUGCAAUCUUCAGCCGCAUCAAGACUGCCCUAGUUCGACGUAUUAUAAAGAAAGCUCCAACAUGGAUUAGUGAGCCUUAUAUGUAUGGGAUCUGAAAGGCAGAAUGGAUGGAGUCUUUUUAUGCUCCUAUUCAUCCUUCAUUUGACGCUUGCCAUCAUCAGUGAAAUUGUAAUGUAUGCAUGCGUUCAAAUGAUACAGGAAUAUAUAUAUAUAUAUAUGCAGGUGUACGUAUGGGAUGGGGUGUGUCAAGGCUCUUGAUGUUUGAUGUAGCCGUUCUUUUUUCAAGCUUCAUGUUGGGGCACAAGAAGAACCAUAGUUGUGGGACUUGGGCAGUCUUUGGGUGGGUGCCAUGGGGUUUUGGUUUGAGCUGCUUUGUUGAUCCACAAGUUUCAAGCAUACUAGUAAAAUUGGGUGCAAACAUUAUUUCCAUUCUUGCUAUGUAAUGCAUGUCUAUAUGCACACAGAUCUCUCUCUCUCUCUCUCUCUCUCUCUCUCUCAGGGUCAGUGCUGAAAUUCUGCUGGCAAUUUCCGCUGUUGCUUUCCUCACCGUGGCAACUCAUUGCACCAAAACUGAGAGAUUGCCCAGAAGACAAAAUGCAAUGUACCAGGUGGAGUCUGCUGCGACUAGCCUGCUACUCCGUUGGGCUCGGCUCCCUGCCUAGCCCAUAACCUGCUCCUCCUUCCACAGAUGAUACCCCGCUGCCUGCCCUCCAAACUCAUGUGGUAUAUAGCAAGAUAUAGUACUGGAGUGAGUUACUGUGGCAACUGCCCUAUACCAGGCGAGUUUUCCAUGUACUCGGUGGGAUGGACGGCAGGAAUUUCAUUCUGUUUGUCUUCUCUAAUAAAGAGCAUACUCAUCUAAGGCCC